AUGUUCCUGGAAGGAGUCCGGCCCUUGAGGCCAGACCGCGAUGCAGCGUUGAGGCUUUUUGAUAGUAUCAUACAACAUUUUGAACCGUCACAGACAAUCAAAAACAGCUUCAAACCAGUUACUUUGAUCCGCCUGACGAAAGAGGAGGUUCUCGACAAGGAUAGUUUUAUCAACCUCUUUUUCCCACUGAUCGAACACUAUUUAGAUGGUACCCCACUCGACACAAAGCCCUCCCUCCAUCGCAUUCUACCUCGUUUGGACGGCUUCAUUACAUGGACCACCGAGAACCAACGUGCCCUUGGUGAAAGCCUGGCCAUGUUCGCGAGGUUUUUGAUCGAUGAUUUUUUCUUGCCCUGUAGAUGCGUUGUAACCGGAACAUUCGAUACUGGGGAAGCUUAUAAGCGACUCAACAGAUACGGGGACUGUUGCCGAGAUGACAAUGGAGACAUGUUGUGGCCGGACGAUGAGGCGAUGGAAUUUCUGAAAGUGGCCCACAUAGUUCCUCACGCUCUUAUGUCCUCCACCAAUAUGGACGAUCCAAAAUUGACUGAACACAUGCAGAUGACCCAUAGGAUCCUGAAUAUGUUCAAUCCCACUGUUGUCCCUCUCAUCUGUGGGACUAACAUUGGUUACCGUCCCAUGAAUGCGCUCACUAUGACCCGUCCUGCUCGCUGGCUGUUUUCUCAAUUCAGAAUAGCUUUCGAACACAUUGGGCCUCACAUUUACAAGAUCGACUUGGUGCGCCCAGACUACCCGCCCCAUCUUCAAAGGGUUAAGCUUCCUGUCACCCGGACCCUCGAUCUCGCCCCAGACCACGAUAUAGACCCGCCGUCAGCUAGUCUUCUGAAGAUCCACUCUGCCGUCGCGAAAAUUCUCCACCUGAGUGAUGUAGGUCGGUUUAUUGAUCGAUUUUUUCGGGCGAUGGGGGAAAUGGAAGCGCCGCUAUUUAAGCCAGAUGCAACGAGCCGUUUCGACGAGUACGUGGCUUUCAAUCUUGCUGGUUGUUUUAAGGAGAUGUCUACGAACUAG